AUGGUUUGCGCUUUAGUGAGGAACAAUACCAUAAAUCCGGCCGCAUUUCUAAUGAGGAGGAGUUUAUCGAGUGAUGAGCCAAAAGGGGAGACAUUCACAUUUGGGUUGGAUGAAUCCACAGAUUGUCUACGUUACAAGGGAAAGAAGUACGAAGACCUACAAUUUUCAGAUUUCAACGGAAUUUUGUUUCGUUUAGUAGAUGACGUUGAGAGAUUUUAUGCAUACCACUCAAUUGCGAAGGGGUUUUCCGUAAGGAAAAUCAAAUCCGACAAGGACCGUGAUGGUGACAUUUUCAGAAGAUCACUCUGUUGUUCUAAGGAGGGGUGGCGUACAGUUAAAAAUCCAAAGAAGUGUACAAAAGUGUAUGGUAGUGCCCCCUCUCAAUUUGAUACCGACCACAACCAUGUUCUUGUUCCAAAAGAAAUGGUUCAUUUUCUGAGAUCAAACAGGAUGGUUGGAGAACAUGCGUCUGCACAAGUAAGUUCUCUGAAAAAAGUUUUCGUUCCGACUUGCCGUGCUUAUGACUUAUUGGCUCACCAAGCAGGGGGAUAUGAGUACGUUGGCUUAGGACUAAAGGAUUUGUACAACCAACAAGAUUCAGAAAGGAGAGAAUUAUUGGUUGACGGUGACGCUCAAGCUGCCAUUAGCUUCAUGAAUCUAAAAGCGUCCCGUGAUGUCCAUUUUUACUGUUAUUUUUGUGUUGAUCAAGUGCCCAUUUUUACUGCCAUUGGCGACGUUUUGAUCAUGGAUAGCACUUACAAGACAAAUAUCUAUGGAAAGCCAUUAGUCGUUUUUGUGGGAGUUGACAAUCAUCGAGCGACGGUUCUGUUUGGUUGCUCUUUGUUGGUGGACGAGACCGAAGAGACUUUCAAAUGGGUGGUAUCAAACUUCAUUUCGUCCAUGGACGGGAAGAAACCCUUUUCUGUCAUUACCGACCAGGAUGACGCUAUGCGAAAUGCCAUUGUGGAGUUUAUCCCGGAGGCUAGAUAUCGACUCUGUGCAUGGCACAUUUCCAAGAAUGUUAUUGGUAAAAUUCAUGAUGUCAAUGUUCAAAGAGACUUCUCCCAUUUGAUAUACUCUGGGCUGUCAGUUUCUGAGUGGGAAUCUUAUUGGAACUACGUGGUUUCGAUGGCUGGUCUACAGGACAACCUUUGGGUUAUCGGCAUGUUGAACAAGCGAGAGCGAUGGGCGGGUUAUCGGCAUGUUGAACAAGCGAGAGCGAUGGGCUGA